UUCUCGAGCAACUUAUUUGAUAGUUUAACAAAAAAUGCAACAAUUUACCCGGAAAGAAAACUUUCUAAUUGCCAAUACCCUCAACUGUAUACCGUUCCUGCUGCAGGGACAGUCAGUGUUAAUAGAUUUGCGUAAUGAUUGUUCGGUGGCGGGACGCAUCGACAAUGUCGACGGCCAUAUGAAUAUCAAUCUAGAGGAUGUUGUUUUUAUCAACCGUUUGUCUCAGCAAUUUCCUUUCGAACAGUUUAUGGUGCGUGAACGUAUGAUCCGGCAAAUUCAUAUACCGGGACACAUAAAUAUGUCGAAAGAAAUACAAGAAUGGUGUGAACAAGGCUGCAAUCGCAGGCCACCACGUACCAGAGAUAGCAAUAAAGGAAAAAGAACAUUUAAACAGAAAAGGGCUCAGGAAAGACACCAGGAAAUUUUGCAAAAUAUUGAGCAGCAGAAACAACAACAACAAGGUGAGCCGAAAGUUAAUUAAUAAGUUUUCUAAAAUGGCACAACAAAUUGAAAGCAAUUUAUAUUACCUG